AUGGUGCUCGACUUGGACUUGUUCCGGACAGAAAAAGGUGGCAACCCGGACCAGAUUCGUGAAAACCAAAGGAAACGUUUCAAAGACCCGAGUUUGGUGGACAAAGUUGUCGAAGCCGACGGCAAGUGGCGGCAGCUGCGUUUCAAGGCGGACAAUCUAAACAAGUUGAAAAACCUUUGCAGCAAAACGAUCGGCGAGAAGAUCAAAUCUAAGGAACCGCAGCCCAAAGAUGGUGGCGACGUCGCGGCCGAUUUCGUUUUGGACACGAUCACAGUGGACGUUUUGAAACCAUUGUCAGUGGAACAAAUCAAAAAAGUGCGCGUACUCAUCGACAAUGCUUUGACCCAAAACGACAAAGACCUGCUUGACGUAGAGAAAACGAGAAACGAUUCGUUCAAAGAAAUCAGUAAUUUCUUGCAUGAAUCGGUCCCGUUAAGCAAUGAUGAAGAAGAAAACGCUGUGGUCGCCACGGUUGGUGAUUGUACGGUCAAGAAGAAGUACUCUCAUAUAGAUCUGAUUCACAUGAUCGACGGUGUAGAUGCUGAUGCAGGUACCACGGUAUCGGGCACCCGAGGAUAUUAUCUCAAAGGUCCAGCUGUGUUUUUACAAUCUGCACUUGUCCAAGAAGCGUUGCGUCGAUGGGAUGACAAAGGAUACAAACCAUUGUAUACGCCGUUUUUUAUGCGAAAAGAAAUUAUGCAAGAAGUCGCUCAACUUGCUCAGUUUGACGAAGAACUAUAUAAGGUAAUUGGCAAGGGUAGUGAAAAAGUUGGUGACCAUAAUUUAGAUGAAAAAUAUUUGAUCGCAACCUCUGAACAACCAAUAGCAGCACUUCAUCGCGACCAAUGGUUACCUGAAGCUAGUUUUCCUAUUCGCUAUCUUGGAGUAUCAACAUGUUUCCGACAAGAAGUUGGAUCUCAUGGAAGGGACACAAGAGGAAUAUUCAGAGUACAUCAAUUUGAAAAAGUUGAACAGUUUGUUUUAACGUCCCCUUUCGAUAAUCAAUCUUGGAUUUUAUUUGAUGAAAUGAUUAAUAAUUCAAGACAGUUUUAUGAUGACUUAGGCAUUGCGUACAGAGUUGUUAACAUUGUAUCUGGUGCAUUGAAUCAUGCUGCAGCCAAGAAACUCGACUUGGAAGCAUGGUUCCCUGGAUCUGCGGCAUUCCGUGAAUUGGUGUCUUGCAGUAAUUGUUUGGAUUAUCAAUCAAGAAGAUUACUAGUACGAUAUGGUCAAACAAAAAAAAUGAAUGAAAAAGUUGAUUAUGUGCAUAUGUUAAAUGCUACUGCCUGUGCUACAACCAGAGUGAUUUGUGCUAUUUUGGAGACUUAUCAAACCGAAACAGGAAUCAAAGUGCCAGAAAUAUUGAAGAAAUACUUGCCAACCAGAUAUCAAGAUGAAAUACCAUUUGUGAAAUCGGCUCCCAUUGACGAAGAAGAUACUAAGAAACAAAAAAAACAGAAAGAGGGAAUGAAAAAUAAAAAAUAA